AAACAUCCAUUAUGUUAGUGUCAAAAAAGUUAUUAGAGAUAUUGUUACAGUAAAGAGUAAUAUGACAAUUGAGUCAGAUUUUCUUCAAAAUAAUGCUUCCCCUGAUGCAGACCUGGAAACAUUGGUAAUACCUGCAAAUGCUCAGAAUGUUUCUACUGUGACUGUCUCUGGUAUUCUCCUGAGAGAUGUUGACACUGUAGUUUCAGAAGAGACAGUCACAGUUCCAGAGAAAACUGAAAUCAGCAUCAUUCCUGAAGAUUCUCACAGACAGCAGAUACAAUUAAAAUUUAAUCUGACUGUUCACAAGCGAAAAAUGGGGUCAACUCGUAGACCUCUCAGAGGGAACAAUGAGAAAAGAAAGGGAGGAGAAGAAUCUAAGGAAAAGAAUGGAGAUAAUGAAGGAUUUGCAGAGGAGAAAGACACAGAAUGCUCCAAAAUGCAAGACCAGAAUAAUGUGGUUGAUCACAAUAUGGCACAAGAAAUAAGAGAUGUAAGAGAUAAUGAAGAAAAGGAGGGAAAUUCAGUACUGGAAUCGUGUGAUGUUUUAGAUCAAAAUGAUUUGUGGCACAGUGAAAUUAUGCUUGAACAAGAGAAAAUACAUUCAUCAAAUAUAUCUCAAACACAGAAUGGUGCACCACAUCAUGAUGCUGGCCUACAAUUACCAGAGGACCAAGAAGGAAUGGUAGAUUUUGUUAGAGACAAUCCAGCUUUUGUAAGUUGUUCUGAUCUUGUUUUGUCUGAUGCCUUGCUUAUGGAGGAAGCUAAAAUUCAUGCAUCAUCUAAGCAUGUUCUUAUGGUUGACAGUUUUGCACCUCAAACAGAGGAGGGUAAAAUGCAUUCAGUGUCCAACAGAUCCUUGCAGAAUAGAAAAAUGGUGUUGACUCGCAAAACCCAGAAAGGGAAGAUAAUGGAAAAGUAUCACGAUGUUAAAGAAGAAAAAGAGGAUGGCAGGGCAACAAAGACAGAGGAACUAUUUACUCUCCAAGAAUCUCAUUUACACCAGCAACUGUUUAGUUUUUCUUCUGAUAAAGAAUCCCUUGACAUUCAGCAUGAAGAUAGCAAAUCAGAUAGACAGACUGAAAAUCCAGAUCAAAACAAUGUAUCAGUAGAGGAGCAAAACAAUCCAAAUACUAACAAUAACCUGGAAUUAUUGAAAAGCUCUGAAUGUGCUGUUCAUGUUACUGCUGAGACUGUUUCAGAUCUUCCUUUUGGAGAUGUUUCUGCUCUGAAUUCAAGAGAAACAUACACAGUUCCUAAACAAAGUAAAAUCAUAAGCAGUAUGCCAGAAGAUUCUCACCAAGAGGAUGUGCAAUCAAAAUUGUAUCCAAUUGUUCAAAAGCAAAAAAUGGGGUCAACCCGUAAGACAUUCAUAGGGAAAAAUGGACAGAGAAACAAAGAAGAUGAAUCCAAAGAAAAGGAUGGAGAAGGGGCAACAAAGGAGUGGGACACUGAAUCACACUUAGCAGCCAGUGAAGGAGAAAGUGAAAGAAAAUUUAAUGAAGGUACACAGUUCAGAGAAGAGCCUGGAGAGUUUAAUAGAAACAGUGAUAGGGCCUUUCAUCCAGCAGCUACUUCAAAACUAUUUUCCAAACCAGAGGACGAAGUGAAUGAAGUUUCAGUGGUGAGUCAAGAAAAGGGACUGGGGAAUACUGAAAAUGAGAGUAAUAGUCGAGCUCUCACAACUUGUCCUAUGAGUGAGACAAAGACAAUAAAUCUUUAUAAGGGGACAGAACACAAAUAUGCUAAUCAGAUUUUUUCUGAAGAUUACUUUGAUCAGCAUGCUCACAGAGAAUCAGAACCUGAACAAACUGAAAGCAGCCGCAAUCUUUUUCCCACAAAGGAGUUAAAAAACACUCAGAAUGACGUUGUUAAUGAAAAUAGAAUACCUGCUACCCAUGAAAAGAAGAGAAAGAUUGGCUCAACUCGGAGAAAUCCUCGAGAACCACAAGGGAAUAUUAUAAACAACCAAGAUGAUUUCCAGGAAGUAAAAAAAGAGCAUCUUGAAUGUACAAAAGAGGCUGGUAAAGCAGAGGAUAGACAAAGUGAGAAGAAAUCAGAGGAAAAUACAGUUUAUUUGGAUUAUUUGUCUUAUAUAUCUUCUGAAACACCAUAUAAAAUAAUAAAUAGUCAGUCCAAGGAAGUGUCUUCAGAGACAUUCAAUAUCACAGGUCUUAAAUCAGAGUUAGUUAGUACAACUGAUAUAAAAGAAGAUGAAAAAGGUUAUCAGAACAAUUCUUGCCCAAGUGAAUCAACAGGGCCUGAAAAACUGGAUAAAUUAGAGAACUGUCAAACAGGAGCAGUUAAAAGUAAUACCCUCCAAAUUUGUGAUAAUCAGUUGACAAUAUCAAAACAUCCCCAGUGUGAAACCAUUAUAAUUGAGAAAAGAAGGAAUAUGGGCUCGACUCGUAAGAAUCUCAGAGGAGAGAAAAGAGAGGGCAAGAGAGAAGGAUAUGAGGAAAUUGUGGGCACACAUCUGCAGAUACAGUUAACACCAAAAGAGGAUCCAGUCUUAGUAUCUGAGGACAUAGCAUAUGGAAUGAAAAUAGUAGGAAAAGCAGGAGAACAAACAUUUCCUGACAGCCUUGAUAAGUCUAAUGACUCACUUCUCAGUGAGACAGAGAGAGUGUUGAAUAAAACCUCUCCAAGUUCACUAAAUCUUGACUAUAAACUGAUAAUUAAUUAUCCAAACUCAAAUGACUUGGUAAACACUCUUGUUGAAACAUCUCAUCCAAUCAGUGUGCCAGAAAAUGCAGAACCACAAGAUGACAAAGACAAAGGCUCAUCUCUCCAGAGCUCUAAAACUUGCAUUGAACCCAACUCACCAAGAAGACGAAGAAAAAUGGGUUCAACUCGCAAGAAUCCAAGACAACAGCUCAAAAUAGAAAGGGGGGAUGAUGAUAAAGAGGCUGAGAAGAUUGCAGAGAACUUAGAGACAAGUGAACAAGAAAUAAUUGCUCCUAAGAAGGGCCUUGAAGCAGCUGAGGAACCUACAGUGCAUAACAUCAAAGAAAGCAAGGGGAGUAAAGAAAAUCUUGGUGUACCCAGUGCACUCACAAGUAGCUGUCAGCUAGAAGUGAGUGGCAACCCUGUUGUCCAAGAAAGGACUUCACCAUCAGCCAAAAGGAAAUUUGGGUCCAGGCGCAUCAAUAAGGACAAUAGAGGCUUUGGUGGGCUGGCCGCUUCUGAAAGAAGGAAUGAAUUAGAAGAGGAAGAUGAUAAACCAUACAGCUCUGAGGUCCAGGACAGUCUGCCCAGAGAUGACUUGAUGGUUUGUGAUCCCUCUCUCAGCUUACGACCAGAUCAACCAGUUUCCCAAUCUGUCUCUGAGCAUAGCAACAUGGAAGCCAGAAAUGAAGAAGCUGCAAAAUCUGUUCCAAAAGACAAGGAUGUAUCCACACAGGAAGGCACUGGUGCUGGUCUAGUUUCUUUAGACCAAAUUAUAAAAGCAGGACAGCAUGAUAUAAGCCCUGGAAGUAGACAGACGGCACAUUUAAAGAAGAGCAUUAAGCAAGAGACUGAAGUAGUUCAGUUUAAUGUGGUCAUGUUGGGAAACAGUUGUGUGGGGAAGACUUCCUUUAUAAGGCGCUUCCAUGAAGGACAGUUCAGUCCGGAUUAUUGCUCUACCAUUGGUGUUGACACGUGUACACAGACUGUUGAGCUGCAUGACAGAAUUGUUAAACUGCACAUAUGGGACACAGCAGGUCAAGAGAGGUUUCAUAGCAUCACCACACAAGUGUUCCAUAAGGCAGAUGGGCUUCUGCUCAUGUACGAAAUCACAUCUUCUAAGAGCUUUAUUUCUGUACGAGACUGGAUCACCAAAGUUCAGGAAAGGGCUCCUGAUGAUGCCAUCAUGAUGUUGCUCGGGAACAAGAAUGACUGUGAGCGUGAAGUCCAGAUUCAGGAAGGGGAGGACCUGGCCAGAGAGUAUAAGAUUCAUUUCAUGGAGUGCAGUGCUUCAACUGGGGUUAAUGUGUCAGAAUCCAUGAGGACUCUAGCUCAGUCGUUAGUGCAGCGGAAGAGAGACAAGAAGGAGGAAUACACGACAUUGAAAAGAGGGCAACCACAGAAGAAGUCUGGUUGUUGUUGAACAUUCACACACACACACACACACAAACACACACACUUUUGCUCAGCUUUCUAAAUGAGGACAUACCAUAGACAUCUGUUGUUUUUAUAUAAAGCUAAUUAUAUUUAUUAUACAAACCCUAACCCCCUGAAGAAAACUUUUUGUGUAUAUAGUUUAUAAAUGUAUAUAAAUGGUUUUUUACAAAUUAGGAUGUCCCCAAAAGGAGGUUUUGUCAGAUUUUGCUUAAUUUUGGGGACAAAUUUCCUAUUCAAAUUAUAGCUAAGUACAUACCUACUUACACACACAUACAUACAUGCAUACACAAACACUUCACAUACAAAAAAAGCACAAACAAAAGCCCAUAUAUGCCUAUACAAUGUUUAUGUUUAUAGAUACUAUGUUUAUAUGCCUAUAUCAUUGCCUAAGGUGGAUGCAAUUUCUGCAUUUUAUAUUUUAUAUUCACUUUUUAUUUUUAUUCUAUUUUUUAUUAUUAUCUCUGUCUUGUUGCUGUAUUGUUUGUGCACUGGAAGCUUCUGUCACCAAGACAAAUUCCUUGUAGGUGUUAGCAUACUUGGCAAUAAAGCUCAUUCUCAUUCUCA